AUGAGGCAGAUCGAGAAGCUCAUUCGUAGGGGACAUCUCGGUCAGUACCUCCGACCGGACAAGGAACUUUCACCACGCCCGGAGGGUCCCAUCGAACGACACAUCGACGUAAUAGCCGGCGGCCCCACAUCUGGCGGGGAUUCUAUGACCAGAAGAAAGGCGUACGCUAGAGCCGCUCCGGCCGAAGCUCCCGGGCACGGGCCCGAGCCUAACAUCACCUUCCCGGCCGAGGCAUCAAAACAAACUGAGCACGACGAUGCGCUCGUGAUAUCGGUCAGAAUAGCCAAUGCGCAACUCGGCUUAUCCGGAGAUAGCAUGAAGCUGAUAUUCUCUGCACUCACCGGAUUCACCGGUGAUUCAAUCUCGCCGCUAGGGACGAUCACUUUACCCUUGACCCUGGGAGCCCCGCCGAGGUCAAAGACGGUGAUGACCACCUUCCUGGUAAUCGACCUCCCUGCUGCAUAUAACGCCAUUCUCGGCCGGCCGACCCUCAACAAAAUCAGAGCUGUCGUCUCAACCUACUACCAAACUGUGAAGUUCGCAACCCACGCCGGGACCGGAGAGGUCGCAGGUGCUAGUCAUAAGUGCCCAGCAAGCCAAUCACGUGAGUGA